AUGCCGACCCGAGUCCGCCCUCCGCGACCAGCGAUGUACAACACCCCCCAGAUCCGCACCGGUGGAUUUGGCGCUCUACAAGUGGAAGCCAUCACCAAUCGGCCCCUCUCCAUCGCCCGCCGUCACCUCGCCGCAUCGCAACUCCGCAUGCGCGACAUCGAGCCCGACGAGCUGUCCUCGAGCGAAUGGGUGCGCUUCCUUGUGAUGGAGGAGCGCGAGCGAGACAGGUGGAUCACGGAAUUCUGCCGCAGAAGAAGGGGCAGUAACGAGAGUACCAGCUCCAACGAAUCCACUGAUAAGGCCGAGGAAGCGAGGUUAGAGGCUGAGGACGCUGCGAGGGAGGAGAGGAGGACGUUGGUUGGCGAGGGGAGCUCGACCAUGGGGGAGGUUGCGGCAGGGUCCAGUGGAAUGGUUGCAGCUGUUGCGCCAGUGGGCAGCACACCGAGUGUCAGUCUGUGGGCGCGGCAGUUCGAUGAGCCCAACGCGACUGGAGAGAACCCAUAUUCUGCGCGCAGACCACGGCAUGCUAGGAGAACUGUGACGGAGGGAGUCGUUGAGGCACCGCCGACUUACGAGACUGCUGUCAGAGCAAGGACGCCGCCGCCGGCCUAUGAGCCGAGGUCGGACGAUGAGGGCGAGACUGCGUCGCCGCGGUCGCCGCGACAUGUGCGGUUCGUCCUAUGA